AUGAUCCAUGAACGGUCUUAGCCGUUCCUUGGACAACACAAGAAAACACAGUAAAUAAGAAUUUGUUUGGGAUUUUUCUCGAUUUCUUCUGAUGUUAACGAUUAGAAUUAAAUAAAAUUAUGGAUAAAUUAUCUAGUCCGAGACGAGAGUUACGAUGCCGGUUGUGUUUCCGGGAGUACAGUGAGAUACAACUAGAAGAUAUAUUUGCCAAAGGAUCUAAACUAGAAAGCACCAUUCUAUCUAAUGUGGGUGUAAAACCAAGCAGACAUGACCAUUCUACCCAGAUUUGUAUCAAUUGCAAAAAUAUUGUUUCACUGAUCGAAUGUUUCAAAGAAGCAUGCAUACAAAGUGAAGUUUUGCUUACAAAAACAUGCUCUGUAAUUAAAACGGAUACAUGGGAGUUUCCAAACAGUAACGUUUUUAAGCAAGCCAAAGAUUUAAUAGAUUUACAUAGGGAGGAAAUUAAUUCCGUCAUCGAGAGUACCUACAAAGCCGAAUCCGAUCCAAUUUCAACAUCAGAUCGGAUCACUGUCAAAGAAACAGAAGAACUGUAUGUGUACAUCAAAGAGGAAGAAUGUGAAGAACAAGACGAAGAGUCUAUUUCGUAUCUAGUUGAACUCGAUGAGCAAGCUCAAAUCGACACAGAUGAGAAUAAUUUAGAUAAUGCGCAGUCCGAAGCCGACUGUGACUCGAAUCCUGACGCUAACACAGCAAAUCAAACAAACGAAAGAAACAAAAACAGACAAGAAAAAGUUGUAUGCCCUACUUGUGGAGAAUUGGUUUCCCAACAGGUAUUGGAAGGACACUUGAACCGACAUCUCGGUGUGCAGCCUUUUUCCUGCGAUUUCGAAGGGUGUGAUGCAAAACUCUAUUCAAAAUUUGCUCUUCAGCAACACCGAAGUAGACACAAAUCUGCCAAUCGAUACUUCGAUUGCAACGUUUGCGGUAAAAGGAUCAAGGGGACAGCCUAUUGGUUAAUUCACCGUAAACUACACACAGACGAACCUCGCUUUUCGUGUGACAUUUGCGGUAAAAGGUUCAGACGCAAAUGCAAGCUAAAACUUCACUCCACGGUACAUACGGGGAUCGCCGAGUUUCCUUGUGCAUUCUGUGGAAAAUUCUUCAAGGUGAAACAUAAUCGUACUGCACAUUACAAAACGCACAUCAAAAACGGAACUCAUCCGGUGGGUUUGCUACCCGACUACGAUCAGGAUUGAAUAGUAAAAAUUCUUUCAAUCGAUUCGUUUCGUACAUUUACAUCCUUAUUUGCAGUUGUCGCGUCUAGUGCGUAAUUGCAUCAGUUGAUAUUUGACAUUAGCUGAUUACAGUUAAGUGUGAAAAACCAAAGAUUACUUACAGUUCGGAUGUUUUAGAACUCUAAAACAGUGUUGGUUUAAAAUAAUUUAAAACUUCUAUAUUGAGAAGAAUUUAUCGUUUCCU